AUGAAACAAGUCGAUAUCAAAUAUCGACAAGGUGAGCGAACGUCCAGCGGCGUGACGCAAAUCGGUAACGAAGGAAUAGUAUUUGGAUUACAAGCGAGGAGGAAGACAGGCAACCAACUUCAGCGAAGAAAGAAGAAAGGAGAGACGAUGGCUAAAGCAUCACGGCAUGAAGGGAGUCACGACCAGGAGCCUUGGGCAAUUGCAUUCUCAGCCUUCGGGACGAGUUCAAUGAAGGUCAAAAACCAAAAGGUCAAGUCGGAAGUCGAAAGUGCAAAGCAAAGCAAAGCAAACAGACAGGACUAG